GUGGUGCUGUUACAUGUUCGUCCCACCUCCGUGUUAUAUGGUGCGGAUUGGGGUGCAUCGGAAACAACAGAGGAAGCUCCUGAUAAGGAGACGAAGCAGAAAAUGGAGGACGAUUUCGAUGCGCUGACCGUUGCGAAGGCGAAGGAUCUUGCCGCUCCAUUGGAAGAGGCUGGAAUACAGUACAAGACCCACAUUGUGAAAGAUCAUGACAUGAAAGAGCGUAUCUGCCUUGAGGUGGAGCGAGCUGGGGUCAAUGCCUGCAUCAUGGGAAGCCGAGGGUUUGGUGCAGAGAAGCGGUCAAGGAAGGCACGCCUGGGCAGUGUCAGUGACUACUGUGUCCACCACU